CGAUAAUGCACCUUAAGCCGGCAGGCGAAAGCAAAAGAAGAAGAAGAAGAAGAAGAAGAAGAAGAAGAAGAAGAAAACACAAACACGAUGUAAUGACUGGAAUAUAUUAUUGCUAUUUCAGCUGCACCAUUGUAGCUCAUGUACAAUAAAAGUUAGCUCCUAAACGUAUGAAACACAUUACAACACCAAGGCAACGUGAAGCAAAGGCAGGUUCACCCGCGGUUAGUGGCUGCAUGUGGAAAGCGGAGGCACAACACGAGGAUGGCUUUUCUACAUGUGCGGCUGUGCACUCAACGUUUGGGCACAGGGCUUCAAGUCUGUGGUUAUACGACUCUCCGAAACACAUCCAGACCUCAAGAGAAAAGCAACAGUGGUCCAGUUUUUCAGUAUGUUGGCCAGCACAAGAAGCCCAAGCACAAAGUGUUUGUUUGGGGCUUUAGCUUCUCUGGUGCUCUGGGUAUUCCCAGCUUUGUGGUGCCAGACAGUGGCAGGAAGAAGCCCCGCAAAUAUCAGCUCACUCCUUACCGCCUGGAAACUGCAGAGAAGAUCUCUUCUGCUGCUUGUGGAUACGGUUUCACUCUCAUCGCUUCCUCGACCAAAGAUAUGUCAAAGCUGUGGGGCAUGGGCCUGAACAAGGACUCUCAGCUUGGCUUUCAGCGCACCCAGCACAACAGGCAUCAGAGUUAUGACUUUGUCUUGGAGCCAUCUCCGGUGGCUCUGCCUCUUGUUGAGCCUCUGCAGGCCAGAGUGAUUCAGGUUUCAUGUGGUCGAGCUCACUCCCUGGUCCUCACUGAUCAAGAGGGAGUUUUCAGUAUGGGCAACAAUGCAUUUGGCCAGUGUGGAAGGCGAAUAGUUGAGGAUGAAGUCUACAGUGGAAGUCACAUCAUUCACAAGAUAGAAGGCUUCAGCAGCAGGGUCAUCCAGGUGGCGUGUGGGCAGGACCACAGUCUGUUCCUCACUGAGACAGGAAAAGUGUUCGCAUGUGGAUGGGGAGCAGAUGGACAGACGGGCCUGGGACACCACAGUAUCAGCUCCAGUCCGGUGGAGGUGGGUGGGGAUCUGGCCGGUGUGGAGGUGCAGCAGAUCAGCACAUAUGGAGACUGCAGCCUGGCUGUGUCCAGAGAUGGACAGGUGUAUGGAUGGGGCAACUCUGAAUACCUACAGCUGGCCUUGGUCACUGAGGCCACACAGAUGAACUCUCCUCGACAUCUUCCUCUAAAAGGCUGUGGAAAGGUGGUUCAGGCAACAUGCGGAGGCACGCAGGUGGCCAUUCUCAAUGAAAAAGGAGAGGUGUUUGUGUGGGGAUAUGGCAUUCUUGGAAAAGGCCCAAAGCUAUCAGAAUCUUCAGUCCCGGAGAUGAUUCCCUCCUCCCUGUUCGGACGCUCAGAGUUCAACCCAUCAGUCGUCGUCACCAGGAUUAGGUGUGGCCUCAGCCAUUUUGCUGCAAUAACAGAUCGGGGCGAGCUCUUCGUUUGGGGGAAGAAUGUGCGGGGUUGUUUGGGCAUCGGGAAGCGAGACGACCAGUACUUCCCAUGGCGAGUGACUGUGCCAGGUCAAGUCGUGGAUGUAGCAUGUGGUGUUGACCAUAUGGUGGCGCUGGUGAAAUCCCUCCUGUGAGUACUUUCCAUUCCAGGAGUGGAUGAAAGGCUGGAUGUUUUGCUGAGCCCACAUCCCCACUGAUCCCUGGAUGCCUCAGGGAGCCGAUCAGGGCUGCUCGGGACUCUUGAAGCCAGCUGCUCUCCACAGGCUAUGGACCCUAGUGUCCCUCUGUCCUGCGGUGACAUUGAACAGUGAGCAGGAGAGUCAGUUCUGCAGCAAAGUGACACUGACACAGCUUUCUUUAUCCUGCUUGAAGGCUGAAUGGGACAGACAUCUAAGGACAGUUUUGGAUUAUUAUCAUUGGAGCAUAAAUCAUUUUAUGAGUGUGGUUUAGAUCCCUGUGUAAUCUCAGCCUCGUGUGACAAUGAUGUGAGAAACUGAAACCAGAAAACAUUCUAAAUGUGUACCUGUUCAGCAGCUGGAUACCUUGGUGGUUGACACCACUGACUUUGGUACAGCAGGUUGGGGUUCGAUUCCCUCUCAGGGUGCGGCCAAUAUCCAACGUGGGUCCUUAGCAGGGAGAUGCCUGGCAUCAAACCAAGCUCCCCCUUUUUGUGGUCAGACCCUAUCAUCACUACACAAAUUCAUUCAUUCCUUUUAAAAUUGUACACAUUGUACAUUUACCUGCAGUUCCUAAAUCACCCUGUCUGCUUUUGAGUGCAAAUUAAAAAUGUGUUUAUUUAGGAAAGUCCAAGCUAUCUACUUUUUAUAGCACUAAACCAGGAACUAAAGGAGAACAUCCACGUCCUUUGACACAGCAGCUCAUCUUCUGUGAGGAGAUGCUGCAAAAUGGUGGACUAUUUAUGUUGACAAAAUUUUCAUAGCAUAUUAUGCUUAUAUAAAGACCUGAAUGAAUCUUAGAAGGGACUUUAGUCGACACUUCGGUGUCGUAGCACAAGGAUGGAACAAUAUAUAUGUUUGAUAGAUUGCCUGGGACAGCUUUCACUCGUAAACCAUUUAUUGCUAGACUGUUGCUUUGCUGUAACUCGUCAGUGGGACUGUGAUAGUGUCCUCAUUAAUGGGUACAUUUUCUUAAGUUUGUUGGGUUUUGUUGUGACCUUAAAGUGAAUGGAGAGGUACAAUAGUUACAAUAAUACUUUUUCAUUGUGAUGUGUUGGCCCAGUUAGCUUCACAAGUCACAAAAAGUAAUUAAAUUUUUUUCUUUUUUACAACUAGGAGCAACCUGUUCACUGGAAAUAGCAGGCUUCAAUUUUAGUUUUAUGGAUUUUAGUCAUACUGUUACACACUAUAUUUGCUUUAACACCCCCCCAAGUCCUAUCCAUGUAAAUUCCCUCUACAAACCACAAGUAAAUCAUUUAUAGCUAGACUAAUAGAUAAUAGAUAAAGCAAAAAAUGCAGCCAUCUCACAAAUUUUCAUUUUGUUAUAUGUAGCAAGAAACAAAUAUUUCUAUAUAGGUUUAAAUACUCAUAUUUAUUUUAUGAAGUUCAAGAGAUUUAUUUGACAUUUACACAAGUACAGACAGUAUGGGUACAUAGGAAUAUGUUGUGCAUAUCUCUUGAGUGCAUACAAAAAGGUGCAGUGUAAAUAGAGUGCAGGAGAUAAAAGCAAAGAAAAAUGUACACACCUAAAGCUUUUACUAAUAUAUUUAAAGAUGUGAUUUUGGCCACUAAUAUACAAACAAAACAUUAUUUUUAAUAUUUUACUAUUAUGGUGGUGUUAAUACUAAUGUGUAAUGUGCCAGGGGCAGUUGAAUGUUGUAGCUGGUCUAGAUGGAGCUAAUUUAAAAAUAUUUUAUAUGUGAGUAAAAUAAAUGUAGUGGAGGAAAAACUAUAUGUACAUCUGAAAUGUGGUGAAGUAGAAGUGCAAACUAGCAUACAAUGGAAAUAGUCAAGUAAGGUAUAAGCACCUGAAAAUUGCACCUUGUACCUAUGUAAUUAGAUUCAACCACUAAUGUAAACAGUUUAAAGUGUUAUGCUGUCUGUUGGCCG